UUGCAAUCACCCACAUAGAGAUAUUACUCAGAGUGUACAGCAAGAGACAACACUAUGGAUGAUCUAGGUGCUGCAGGCUACCCACUGAAACAUUGGCUAAUGGUACCAGUCCUCAACCCCCAGGUUACUGGUGAGGAGCACUUAAGCAUCACCCUGUCUGACACAAGGAUAGUCAUUGAAAGAGUGUUUGGCCUACUCAAAAUGUAUUUUUGUUGCCUAGAUGAAUUACUAGCUCAGUUGGAGAGUGCUGCAAAGAAUGCUUAUGAAGAUGAACUAAAUGAGCCAGAACUUGAUCCAUAUUAUGAUGCUACUGGAAAGUCUCAUGGAAAGAUGCAGCCUGUUGACACAACGGCCAGAGCUGAGUCAAACAGUCAAGUGCAGCAGUCUUUUGUUCCAGACCAGCCUCUUAAGGUACAGCCAGUAUAUAUGACUCGCCUAAAGUCUCAGACAUCAGAGAAUGAUCACUUGUACAGUGAGGUUUCAGAACCCAGCUGUGUAACAGAUACCACACUGCCUACAGCAACAACUGCAGCACAACAGUUAGAUGAGAUUAUGAGGCAGCUACUGAAUCUUCAGGCUGGGAUUAAUUCACCUUCAUCACAAGAGGCAGCUACUUCUCAGGUUUCUGCACCCCAGUCUUCUACCAUAACAUCUUCUGCAGAACAAACUGCUGCCACACAGCCUCCUGCCACAGUGCCUCCUGCCACACUGCCUCCUUCCACACAGCUGCUUGCUACAGUGUCACCUACCAUAAAGUCUCCAGAAGCACAAAUCAGAGAUGGUGAUAUUAUUUCAGACAUGUUGGAGAGUCUAGAAGGGGAUUUACAGAAGAGAGGACUCAUUACAGUUCCAAAGGGAUGCUGUGCUUUAUGUCAGAAACCCAUAGUUGGUAAGAUAAUUACAGCUCUUGGACAGACCUGGCACCCAGAACAUUUCCUGUGCUCACACUGUGGUGAAGAACUGACAAACAAGAGCUUCUUUGAGAAAAAUGGUCAGGCGUACUGCACAAAUGAUUAUCAGGAACUCUUCUCCCCACGCUGUGCAUACUGCAGUGGUCCAGUUGUUGAUAAAGUCCUGACUGCAUUGGAUAAGACUUGGCAUCCAGAACAUUUCUUCUGUGCUCACUGUGGAGGCGUUUUUAAUGAGGAAGGAUUCCAUGAAAAAAAUGGGAAGGCUUAUUGCCCGGAUGACUUUUACAGCCUGUUUUCCCCAAAGUGUGGUGGGUGUGAUCUUCCUGUACGACAGAAUUAUCUGUCUGCUCUUAAUCAUGUCUGGCACCCAGAGUGCUUUGUAUGCAGGGAAUGUCUGCAACCAUUUGAGAAGAGCAGCUUCUUUGAAAUUGAUGGGAUUCCCUUCUGUGAACUCCACUACCACAGUCAGCAAGGUACGCUGUGCCAUGCCUGCCAGAAGCCUGUCAUUGGGCGCUGCAUCUCUGCAAUGGGAAGACGAUUUCAUCCAGAACACUUUGUCUGUGCAUUUUGCCUGAAACAGCUAAGUCAAGGGAUCUUCAAAGAGCAGAAUGACAAACCAUACUGCCAGACUUGCCACAUCAAACUUUUUUUCUGACUUACUUUGAGCAACAUGACUAUGUUACUUAACAGUUUUCUUUGAACAAAGAAUAUACAUAAUUUAAAGUGGAAAAA